ACUCAACAUAAAAUCACUCAAAUAUCCCAUCCAGAACAUCCUUAACACUACAAAUUAGCCUCAGUUUGCUGUGGGCUCCAGUUUGCCAGUUUUGAGUCAUAUUAAUACAAACAGAACUGACAAACAAUUAAGAAAACAUCAUGACUGAAGAGUAUACAGAGUAUUCAGAUACAGAAAACCAACUAUGUCACAAAGAAGAGGUGGUCAAAGCUGGAUCCAUUGUUAUUCCGGUUUUCUUUGGUGUUCUGGUUGUGUGUAGUUGCAUUGGUAACCUGCUGGUUCUGGUCAUCCUGGUGCUGUAUGAGAAGUUUAGAUUGCUGGUCAACAUCCUGAUCUUCAAUCUAGCCGUGUCAGAUCUGCUGUUCACUUUUGGACUUCCAUUUUGGGCUUUGUACUUCGUCUGGGGUUGGACAUUUGGAGAGGCUGGCUGCAAAGCUGUGAAGUUUCUGUUCUCUCUCGGUUUUUACAGCAGCGUGUUGUUCUUGACUCUAAUGACCGUUCAGCGUUACAUGGCAGUGGUUCAUUCUCUGUCCGACUGGGAGAGAUGCAGAUGCUUUUCAGUUGCUCCCUUUAUCAUAUGGAUGUUGAGUGGAACAGCUGCACUCUUGGUCUCCCUUCACAGCCAAGUCUUAGAAAAUGAAGGGAAUUUGUACUGUGAAUUUAGCAGUUUUCAAGCAAAACAUGCCGAUGUUUAUUUACAAAAUGUUUUCUUCUUGAUUGCAUUUUGCAUCAUGGGAUUUUGUCAUGUUAGAAUGUUCCAGACAAUCACACGAUCCCAAAUAAAGGGGCGACACAAGACUAUCAAAUUGAUAUUCUGCAUUGGGCUAGUAUUCUUCAUCGGUUGGGCUCCAUACAACAUAGUUCUGUUCUUGAAAAUUCUGCAGGAUUAUGAAUGGUCUUCAUUUCUAGAUUGUAAUGUAUCCAAUAAUCUUGAUUAUGCAUUUUACACUUGCAGGCUGUUGGCUUUUUCACAUUGCUGCUUUAACCCAGUACUUUAUGCUCUAAUUGGAGAAAAAUUUCAGAAACAUUUACAAACAAUAUUGAAGAAAAUGUGUUCAAAAUAA